AUGAUUGUUGAAAAAAAUGGAAAAAUAAAUAAAGUAGAAAAAUGUAUUAGUGAUGAUAAAGUACCAACUAAAAUUGACAACACGAACAAGAUACCUACCAAUAAAAAGCUUAAAGACGAAUGUAAAAUCUGGAUGAAAAAGGUGGACAAAUUGAGGAACAUGGUUAGUAAAUUAAAUAGAUUUAAAAUGGACAAAAGAGGGGCAUUCAGUUAUUACCAAGAAUCUGUCAACUUGAAUCAUACUUGUAACUUUUGGAUGGAAAAAGUAGAUGAAUUUAAAAAGAUUAUCAAGAAUGACAUAAGUGAAAUAAAAAAAAAGGACACAUACCUAAAUGAUUACAGAAAACUUCGAUCACCUGCUGAGUUGCAAGAUUUUGAUAAACCAGCACACUCUAAUGAAAUGUUCAAUCCUGGAGGAAAAUCAAAUAAAUUUG